AAUGGAGACGUCAUUUGCCAAUUCAUCAAAAUGGAUGACAGCAUUUACAAACGCAAUAAGAAUUGUUUCUUUGUCACCUGUAUUUAGCGAGCAAUUAGAUGAAAAGAAAAACGAAGAAGAACGCAAACCUUUGUUAAGGAGGAAAAGUUCUAUCGACGAUUGCGUACUACUUAGAAAAUGCUCUACAGAUUCCGAAUUAAUUUCGAGUUAUAGAGAUAGAAGGGUUAUAAAAUCCAAUUCUGGAUCAUUAAACGAUUUAACCGAAGAGAGUAAGCCUUUAUUAUUAAGCAAUAGUGAAGGAAUUAUUGUAUAUCUUGGAGAUGGUCAUUGUCCACAAUGCGAAGAAAUUCAACAAGACUUUCGACAUAUAGAAACAGCUCAUCAGGAUGCCGCUGAAGCUAAACGGCUUAAAUUGGAUUAUGACGAGAUCACACCAUGCUUAAAGGAAGUAACAAAAGAAUGGACGGCUAUGCUUAGCUUCCCAAAGGAUAAGCCUAUAGCUAGAAACAUUUUACUAAAAGCUGUUAGGGACGGGGUCCCUCGCAAAUUACGUGGCGAUAUUUGGCAAUUACUCGUCAGUCAGAACAAACUACAAGGACGAUCCUCUAUAACAGACAAUGAAAUUGAAUCAUCCUGGGCGAUGAAUACACCUUAUUAUGAUUUAUUAAAAGAGCUUACUACCCACCAACAUUCUAUUCUUAUCGAUUUAGGACGGACGUUUCCCGCUCAUCCGUAUUUCUCAAAGAAUUUAGGCACCGGUCAACUGGCUUUGUUUAAUAUACUUAAGGCCUAUUCUCUUUUAGAUAAAGAGGUAGGUUAUUGCCAAGGUUUAAGUUUUGUUGCUGGCGUUUUACUUAUGCAUAUGGAUGAGGAAGAUGCUUUUGAUACUUUUCGAUAUCUUAUGUUCAAUAUGGGAUUCAGGAGGCAAUAUAGACCUGAUAUGAUGGCAUUACAAAGUCAAAUGUACCAGUUAUCUCGUCUUCUGCACGAUAUGCACCCCGACUUGCACGAACACUUGGAAAAACAUCAAAUUGCUCCCGCACUCUACGCAGCCCCUUGGUUUCUAACUCUCUUCGCUUCUCAAUUUCCAUUAGGCUUUGUUGCACGAGUUUUCGAUUUAAUACUUCAUGAAGGCCGUGAUGUUGUUCUUAAAGUAGCCAUAAUACUACUCGGAAGUCACAGGGAAUUAAUAAAACAAUGUAAUAGUCUUGAAACUAUAGUUGAAUUCCUUAAAACUACUCUACCUGAGAUGGGAAUUAUACAAAUGGAAAGGGUUUUUAAUCAGACGUUCGAAAUGGACAUUGCACGCCAAUUACAUGGUUAUGAGAUAGAAUUCCAUGUGCUUCAAGAAGAGUUAUUAUCCCGUCCUUCGAAAGAAGGUGAUGAAGAUAAUACAAUAGAUAGUGUUGAAAGACUUCAUCAAACUCAAGCUAUAAUCAAGAGUUUAAAAACACAAAAUUUAGAACUAUUAGAACAAUUACAAAACGCAAAUGGACGUAUAAGAUCUUUAGAAGACGAAUUACAAUUAGUUUACGAUUCGCAAACAAAGAUGAAAAAUCACGUUAGACAAUUAGAACUGGAAAGAGCCGCAUUAAUAAAAUUAACAUCGGAAGGCGGUAGAACUGAUUUAAACGUUAGUACUACAAUUACUGAUUCACCUAUACAUAAUCCAGUUUCAUCGAGGAUUAUCUACGAAAGUUCAAAUUUAAACUUAAAUAAAGAAACAAAUCUUGAGAAGCACGUUCAAGAAAUUGUAAGAAAAAAAUCUGACGUUGAGCAUCCUAUUAACGAGAUAGACAGUUCAAAUUUACCUGCAGUUUAA